AUGGAUCACGACAGCGAUGAAAGGGGCGAAACGGAACCCGUACGCCGAAAGACCAGAAUAUUCAAGAAUCCGCAGUCCCUUGGAGAGGCGGUUCGCAACCCUCUGUGUGUCUUGCUGCUUUUGAUUGUCAUCAUGGCAGAUGCCUUUGUUGCAGCUUUUGCUGGGCUCUAUGGCGGAGCACUCUCCCGACGCGCGAUCCUCUUCUUCAAUCCUCACUGGCGCGGUCAUAUGCUACCACACGCACCAGAAGCAUUGCACACCAGAGGCAGCCACGACUGGGCAAGCAACGUCCUCCGUGGCGAAAGGCUGGUCAAGCUUAUGAAAGCAAAGGAUGUUCUGGAUACCGACAAAACCACAUGGACCUCUUAUGGAGACAUUGAGCGUUAUGGCUGGACCAUGAAGGCGGAGUCAAUCGACGAGGAGGAGAAGAAAGUCUCCCAGAGCGUGCUCAAAGCACUCACCAUCAAGCAGCUGGACAACACUGCGAAACCCGCAGACGUCGACAAGAAAAAAACCAUGGGUCAUGAGGUGGAGUACCCGGCCACGAAUGCCUUCUACCGCAACUUCUACAACUGUGACCGCGGCAUUGUCGUCGCCAGUAACCUCAAGAGCCCACAGCACACAGAGAUCGGCGGGCUCCUCGAUCCCGAGAAGCUGGUACCGCUGCAACACUGGUCAGACGUUACUUUCAUAACUUGGGAGGAGCUUUGCGGAGCACAGCAGAAACCCAUAGGCGGCUUGAAGUACAUUCUCCAUAUGAAUGUCAUCGCCGAAGACAUCGAAGAGGUCGUCAAGCAUGUGACUGGCAUCGAGGCUGGACGUUUCAGCGAAGCAUACCCUGGAAUGGCAGUGCAAAAUGUACCGGAAUCCGAAGGGGCUCAUGGCACGAUCGGAUCUAUGGCGAUGACGGGUGAUGCGUACCUCCUCAUCCAGCAUAAGGAUGUCUUUGGCGGCACGAGGACGUUCAAGAGUGUUCAGGUGUGGGAUGCGAAUGAUGGACAGCGAAGCGGCGUUGCUGGCGAUGCGAACAUUCCGAAUGUACUUGUGACUCUGUCAUGA